UGCGACCACUCGCACCACCUGCCAGUAGGCAACUGUCAGCGACAGCGUGCAGGAAAGAGAACGACUGAAAUUGUUUCUUGCCUCGCUAGAUGUUACCACAGCCGUGUAAUUGCUAGUGCGAAACGCAGUUCGUCGAAUAUUGUUCUUAAAACGGGACAUUUUUUGAGGGAACGAGAGAUGCUUCGCGCGCGCUCUCAAAGUAGCUUGUACGAACAGGAGGCGAAGUUCGUACAGGAUCGCAUAACGGGCGUAGAGAAACACUUCGCCGAGCUGUGCACGAUAUUCGCGGCGUUCACCAGAAAAGCUGCCAGAUUACGUGAUAAGAGCGACGAGUUGGCAAAAACAAUACAAACUUAUGCAGAUUCGGAAAUCAUAAAUCGAUCGCUAAGCAACGGACUCGCAAAUUUUUCCGCAACAUUAUCGGUCAUCGGUGAUUAUAGAGAUGCAGAAGUACAAAGAUUGGACGGCAAGAUAAUUGUACCUCUCUCGCAAUACGCAACAAUUUGCAAGCAUGCCCGCGACGAUGUAAAAACAACCUUUGCGGCACGCGACAGAGAACUCACGAGACGGAGACACCUGGACAGAGUUCGCGAAAGAAAUCCCAGGAACCGCCAAAUGAUAUCGCAAGCCGAAUCGGAGCUGACGAAAGCGUCCAUUGAGGUGUCCCGUGUAGUGAAAGGACUGGAGGAUCAGAUCGACUCGUUCGAACGACGAAAGCUGCACGAUUUGAAGUCCAUACUUUUAGAUUUCGUCACCAUCGAAUUGAGCUUUCAUACAAAGGCACUUGAGCUUUUGACCAAGGCAUAUCAAGAUGUUGCAGCUAUUGACGAAAUUAAAGAUAUUGAGGACUAUCAAAGCACGAGAGGAGAGAUGAACGGGGAAUUUCGAGAGACGAUGCGAGUUUCCGAUUCUGUCGCGAGACUAGACACGGUGGGCAGAACUUCAUUCCGACAGGCUUACUCGUUAACGAACUUGGCCACUCGAUUCGCAUCCUCGCCCAUGGCGUCGCAGAAAUUGGCUAAUCGAGGAACGGAAUCAGCGGAUUCCGUACGAACCGCGUUCACAAAUUCUUCCGAGUCGGUUCAAGUUGAAGAAUAUCCAGACAGUACGGAGGAAACGGAAUCGGAGUCGGUUCAAGAGAAACCUGUGAGAGCUAGGCAAAAAUCUAUGUAAUCCCCAUCACCCUUU